UUAAAACCUAGCUCCUGACUUUUCCUCAAGUUCAAUUUUUUGGGAUUCCCUCCCACCCCAACCACAUCUCGUCAAUUUACUUGCCAGAUGUGACUGUUUAACCCAGUUUAUCGUAGCUUUUUUUUAUUUUUGCUUUUGCGUUGCGCAUCUCAUCGUCCUGCGUCCUCCGCUUCUUCCUCUUUUGCUGCUCUCUUUUCCUGCAGCAGCUCUCGGACGCUUCUCUCUCACACUCUACUGGGUUUCUUUUUUAAAAGAUUUGUUUAUUUAUUAAAGGUUUGCCCGACCCCCUUGAAGGAAUGCGAGCAGUUUGCCUCUGUCUUCCGCAAAGCCUCAUGACCAGCUGCCCUGAAAACUGUCCCCCGGUCCCAUCUCGGGGUUGACGCUGUCCCUGUCCAUGGUGCUGAACAGCUUUUUCCCGAAGACGCCGUUGAGCUGCGGCUGCUGCUCCACAAAUCCUCCGUAUUUCUGGGUAUUUUCGGGUACUGCAGGUGAGAUGUCAGCAAUGAUCGCUUCAUCUACCCGGAGAGGCUUCUGAACUCAAAACAGAAGGAGUUGAUCCCGAAGGAAGCCAAACGAAUCGAUUGUGACUCCUACGGUUGAUUUCAGAGAGACUCCUUCGACUCUCACGCGCUCUCUUUCUCUUUUAUUUUUUUAGACUUUUCCGAAAGACGAACAUUGGAAUCAUGGACCAUUCGUGUAACUCAUCUUAGCGUGGAAAUAUCUGGCCUAAAAAUAACGACAAGCCGGCUGGGGGCGGGGGGACUGGAAGUAGCGGGUGAAUUAUCUUCAUUUGUAGCAUAUCCAAAAAUAUUUGUGUUGAUGCCGGAAAGGGGUCACUUCUAUUCUGGAUCAGCUGAGACUAAAACAACCCCUUCUGCCCUAAAAUAAAAACUUGUCCUGAAUACCAAAUGUCAGUUUGAGGAGGUCUCAUCAAGACAAUGGAGGCGUCCGCCAAUGGGUCCAGUUUUGGCAUCGACUCUCUGCUGUCCCACAGGCCUGGGAGUCCGGUGUCCAAAGGGGACAGUCUGGUGGGAGAGUGCCGCUCCCCUCUGGAGUUCAGCCCCAGAUCAGACGUGGAGAGCGGCUGUUCGUCGCCUCCGUCGCCGAGGAGGGAGUGCGUGGAUGAGGUAGCCCAGAGGCAAGGUCACGGCGUCGGCCUACCACCGCACUUGCAACACGCGCAGAUAUCUGCUGGGUCGCAGCAGAGGACCGUGACCUCGUCGUUUCUCAUCAGAGAUAUUCUCGCGGACUGUAAGCCUCUGGCUGCCUGCGCUCCUUACUCCAGCAAUGGACAGCCGACUCAGGAGGCGGGGAGGCUGGCCUCGAAGAUCGCGGACGACUUUAUGGAGAAAAUCCACAGCAACUCAUCGUCAGACAGUGAAUAUAAAGUGAAAGAGGAGGGAGACAGAGAGAUCUCAAGCAGCAGAGACAGCCCUCAGGUCCGGCUGAAGAAGCCCAGGAAGGCCCGGACAGCCUUCACAGACCACCAGCUGGCCCAACUGGAGCGCAGUUUCGAGCGGCAGAAGUACCUGAGCGUCCAGGACCGCAUGGAGCUGGCGGCCUCCCUCAACCUCACCGACACGCAGGUCAAGACCUGGUACCAGAACCGGAGGACAAAGUGGAAGAGGCAGACGGCGGUAGGACUCGAGCUUCUGGCCGAAGCUGGAAACUACUCCGCCCUGCAGAGGAUGUUCCCGUCCCCGUACUUCUACCCGCAGAGCCUGGUGUCCAACCUGGACCCCGGAGCUGCCCUCUAUCUGUACAGAGGCCCAUCGGCGCCCCCGCCGGCCCUGCAGAGACCCCUGGUUCCUCGGAUCCUGCUCCACGGCCUGCAGGGGGCCAGCGAGCCGCCACCUCCUCCGCCUCCCCUGCCUCCUAUGAGCGGCGUGCUUCCCAGGCCAGCUCAGCAGCGGGUGCUGGAUGCGCGCUCCUCUGCCAAACGGCUCCAACAGCUGGUGACCGGGCUGGAGCUGACUGCAGACCGGGGAUCAGCGUGGGGACAGCUGGUCAGCGGCUCCACCACAACUACCACCACAACCCCUCCCUUCAUCCUUACAAAUUUCAAUCAGCCACCCAUGCACCAACCCCACUCUCAUCCUCCAAGUCUGUGUGGACCCAAGUUAUUCGGCCAUGGCGCUUUGGGGGUUAAAGGAGUUCAGGCUGACGGACACGACUUGGCAUGUAGGAUGUUAACGAUUAGACAAAAGACUUUAAUAGGUUUUAAUUGAAAGUCGAUAAUGGGUUUGAUAGCCAGCUCCCCCUGCUGUCCUCCACGCAAGGCACCUGUUAUCUGGGGGCUCCACUUAGUGGCUGACCAUGCUGUGAAAUAUCAGACUGACGGCCCGAUAACGUGCGCUUUCAUGAUGCGUAAAAUUGCAUUAAAAAUACAGUUAGCCGGCCCGGCGGGUUUUGACGACUAGGAAAGUGAAGAGAAGGAGAAAAAAAUCACCUCCCAACUUGCCAAAAGAUCAUUAUAGUCCCAUCACAAGGAUCCGUGACCGAUUCAGUUAACAACGAGACA